UAGUUGAAAUUUAAGAUUUUUAGGUUCUGCUUUUGGGAUUUUGGGCUAUUGGAGGUAAGACAUAGGGGCGAUUCUUAAGGAUGGGAAGUUGGAGCGGAGAGGGGAGGUUUUGAUUUUGGAGCAGAGGGAAGUGGGCUUGAUGAUUAGGAGGUGUAGGGAGGAGGCUAGGGUUGUUGUGGAGGCUGCGGAGAGGAGGUUUUGGAGGGAGGUGAAGGUUUUGGAAGGGGAUUGGGAGUAGGAUUCAGGGCUGAGAUAGAAGGAAAUGUGUUGGAUAUUGUAUUUUAAUGAUUUUGAAAGGGCAAAGGAGGGGAGGUGUAGCUGGCAGGAAUCAAAUUCGAUUUUCUUGAGAUGUCUUCCGAUUUGGAUGAUUUUUCUUAACUGUGUUUGGUUUAUUACUCAAUUUUCAAGCGAUAAAGAUGUCUGAACUCUUGGAAGAAUCCUUAAAAUUGAAGUAUGAUAAAUAGGGUGACUAUUUCACUUGUUCUGAUCAAGUAUUAGCAUACAAUCCAGUAUUUUCUUCAGAAAAGAAGUAUCCCAUUUAUUUAAAAAAGUUCCCAAAGCACUCCUGUUGCUCAAUAAAUAAAACUCCUAGUUCGUCCAAACCGAUGGGCUCCAUCUUUUUUUAAAAUGAACUCUUGAACUCAUCAUGUGCAUAGGGAAUAGAUAAUUCAUUGUCUCACAUCAUAGGGGCCAUACCAUUGGAAUAUUCUUCAAAAGCUCAUUCAUAAAGUUGUUGCUUUAGGUCAUUUUCCUCUAAGCAUACUUCAUCUUGAUUGCUUCUUUCCAUUAAUCUGAUGAUUUC